ACAAGCAGGGAACUAGAAGGGAAGUGGAACAGUCGGGACACAAACUGGCACCCAUAGGGGAUGCUGACACUUGCAAGUAGAGGAUUAGCCAAUGGAGCCACCACAACCGGCCCCUACAGCAAAAUCUUAUUCUAAAAUAAGCACCCCAAGCUUUAGGAGCUAGAGCCAAAGCCUUCUGAAAAGUAUGAUUAUGUGUUGUGCCUGGCUUGGUGAACAGCCAGAAAUCUCUGCUGCAAAAAAACGUCUGGGUUGAGCAUCCUGCUUGCUGUUGUUUUCCCAGCUGUCCUGCACCCUCAGGUUUAGGACUGAAAGUGACUUGGAGCCACUGGCAAUCAGGGUGGGGUGGGUGGGGGAUUAGCGUGAUUAUCUGGGAGGAAUCAUCUGGACUUCAACCUGUUACCUUGGCCCUUCUGCUUUCGCGAUUUUAAAAGCACAGGAGAAAGCAAUGGCAACGAGAAAAGGUUUGGUUCUCUCUGCUCGGGGCCCGCCGCCUCUCACAGACAGAAGUGUGUGGCCGACAUUCAGUAUGCCGUGGGCCAGGCCAGAUUUCAACAAGAACUUGAGUUUCCGUGGAUUUCCACACCAAACAAAAGUUCUCAGCUUUCAGAAAGAGUGCUGCCCUGAAGAUAAAGAACAGCUCCCGAAGCACAAGCGAGGGAUUGAUGCUAAGCUUCUAGCUGCACUUCCGAAAGUGGCAGAAUUAAGAAAGAUCUUUGAACCAAAGACGAAAGAAUUUUUAGACAUGAAAAGAAAAGAAAGAAUUGCCAGGCGCCUCGAAGGCAUCGAGAAUGACCCGCAGCCCCUCCUCCUGCAGAGCUGUACGGGCCUGGUGACGCACCGCCUGCUGGAGGAAGACACGCCCAGAUACAUGCGCGCCUCGGAUCCUGCCAGCCCGCACACCGGCCGAUCAAAUGAAGAGGAGGAAACCUCGGAUUCGUCCUCAGAUAAGCAGACUCGGUCCAAGUACUGCCCAGACUCCUCAGGCGUCCAUGGUGAUGCAUCCUACAACACAAGCACCACGGACACCCAUGGGCUUGAGUCCAAAGCAGAGAGGAUCGCCCGGUACAAAGCUGAAAGGAGGCGACAGCUGGCCGAGAAGUACGGGCUCACGCUGGGGCCAGAGGGUGACUCCGAGUACCUCUCCCGCUAUAGCAAGUCCAGGAGGGACCACGAGGUGGUGGACAAGCGGGCAGGGAGAGGCGAGAAGCCAGAGGAGCCUGGCCAGGAAUCAAGUUCUCUGUACUCCCGGAGUUGUGCAGUGGAGGCCAGGGAUCACAGGGAGCUCUUGUUGAAUGUGGAAAACCAGAGACGUGGCCAGGAGGAGCAGGCUGCCCUCAGGCAUGCUGCCCAGGACCUGCCCGCCACGACUGAAAGCCCCUCAUCCUUCUUCUCUGGCCGAGACUCCUCCUGCACCCAAGUGCCAAGGUCCCCACAGCAAAUGCACAGCUCGUCCCUGCAGCGGCCAGCCUCCCCAAGCCACUCAGCAGGUGACGCACCUCUGCCCCAUGAGACCCGAUCCAGUCCGGGGAGACCCAAACACGAGUGGCUCCUCCAGAAAGAUGCCGAGGGGGACACAUCUUCACUCAUCAACUGGCCCUCCAGAGUUAAAGUGAGAGAAAAAUUGGUGAAAGAGGAGAGUGCCCGCAGAAGUCCCGAUGUGGCCCCAGAGGCCCUGUCUCAGAGGAGACAUCAGCCAGUGUCAGUGCAGUACCUGUCCUUCCAGUCCGAACACUCAGCCUUCGAGAGGGUGGCCAGCACUGGCCGCCGGCCCCUCCGUGGCUGCGUGCAGCCGGCAGACCCUGGGCACACCGCCCAACUGGUGGCCUUGGAGACCCCAGAGAGCAGCUCUGAAUGCAGCUGGGUGGGCGCCACCGCUCAGGACACCACGAGGCCACCCGCCUUGAAGAUUCUGGAAGAAGAGAGGAAAGGCGCCCGCCACAUCUGUGAAUCCAAAGCAGAGGAGGACAUGGUCAAGAAGAGCCUGAAGAUGCCCUUGACCUUGGAGGACAACAGGCCUGGUGGCAGCCAAGAAGUUCUCUCUGGAAAGGAGGACUCUGCUGAGCCUGUCCUUGGCAUGAUGGCCAUGGAACAUCCUUGGAAAGAUCUUCAAAGUCUGACAUCACCCACAGCUGAGCGCCAACCCCCGGAGAGACCAGCCCGGAGCGAGGUGGUCCUGUAUGUGCAGAGCAAGCCAGCGUCCCAAGAGGCCCAGCUGGCAGGCCAUGCCAACGAGGCACCUGCUAGGAAGCACCGGGUUCGCACCCGCUCACUAUCUGACUUCACUGGCCCGGCUCAGCUCCUCAAGGGCAAGGACCCAGCUGCCAGGCGAGGGCCGGAGCCAGUGAGUUCCAAGGCCGAAGUGCCCUGGGCAGAAGCCAGCCUGCUAGACACCAAGGUCUCUGUCGCCCAGCUCCGAAGCAUGUUUCUGGAGUCUGCCAGUGCCCGCCAGAAACCUGAACUCCCAUCCCGGGUGCAGAAGUCAGCUGAAGGAGCUAGCUUGACCUCCUACGCGGACCGGGAAAGAGGGUCCCGGAAACCAAGGCGCUAUUUUUCUCCUGGUGAAAAUAGGAAAACUUCUGAGAGAUUUAAAACUCAACCCAUAACCUCAGCAGAGCGAAAGGAAUCAGAUAGGUGUACUUCAAGUUCAGAAAUGCCAACUGCAGAAGAUGAAGAAAAGGUGGAUGAACGGGCCAAGCUGAGUGUAGCUGCCAAAAGACUCCUGUUCAGGGAAAUGGAAAAGUCGUUCGAGGAACCCCAGUUUCCCAAGCGGCGCUCUCGCAAUGCAGCGGUGGAACAGAGGCUGAGGCGCCUGCAGGACAGAUCCCACACCCAGCCCAUCACCACCGAGGAGGUGGUCAUUGCAGCCACCGAUCCUAUCCCUGCUUCUCCGCGUGCUGGGGUCACCCACCCACUCAUGGCGAGACUUGCCAACCCCACAGUAGCUAAGAGCACGGUGCCACCUGCCAGGCUACAGGCUUCUGCUCAGCAAAAGACCGCAGCCAGGGAGCCGACAAUCGAGGGCAAAGAGGAUGCUGAACUGGGAGAACCUGAUUCCUCCACUCUCAGCUUAGCGGAGAAGCUGGCCUUGUUUAACAAACUAUCCCAGCCGGUCUCCAAAGCCAUUUCCACCCGCAACAGAAUUGACCUGAGACAGAGAAGAAAGAACGCCCGCUAUCAGACGCAGCCCGUCACCCUCGGAGAGGUGGAGCAGGUGCAGAGUGGAAAGCUCAUCCCGUUCUCGCCUACCGUGAACACAUCCGUGUCCACCGUGGCCUCAGCCGUCCCCGCCAUGUACGCUGGGGAGCUCCGCGCGAAGCUGCCAGCGCCUGCCGCCACCGUCGCCGACAAUAUGGGUGCCCCUGAGGACAAGUUGCCUUCUGGGAUGGAGAGUGUUGAUUCUGCCACAGUGAGGAGCAUUCUGAAGCCGCACGCCUGGCAGCCUGUGGCAGAGGGGAGUGGGAGCAGAGGAAUGUCGAGAGAAUGCAGAGAGCCGGAGAGCAGGAGAGCUUCGGUGGUGGGAGACGGCGGCGGUGGCGUGAAGAAACCCGGAUUGCCAGAGGACGGGGAGCCUUGGCACCCCAUCCCGAGCAGAGACGGCCCCAGGGAACCCCUGUAUGCAGUUCCCCGAAGAGGGAGUCUGGAACCGGCAGCCACUCCGGCUGGCGAGGAACUGAAGGAAUUUUCCAGUGCAAAAAGCAGUGCCCAAGAGAACGCGGAGUUGCAGGACAGACAGCCCUUGGCAGAAAAGCUGGAGGUGGAUGUCGCCAAAAGAAAGUUCUCGCUACGAGCCACGGAGUUCCGGGAGUCCACUUCCGAGCAGCCAGAUACAGUUGAUGGGAAGACCGUGGCCCCGCCUGCAGCCCCCGCCUCCUGGAGGCAGCAGGAGUCCCCGGAGCGGCUCCUGGAGAAAAGUUCCAAGAGCCCGUGCGCCAUGUUCGCUGCCGGAGAGAUCAAAGCGCUGGCCGGGGAGAGCACCGUGGACUCGCCCAGCAAGACCAUGUCCAUUAAGGAGAGGUUGGCGUUGUUGAAGAAGAGCGGGGAGGAAGACUGGAAAAACAGACUGAGCAGGAAGCAGGAGUUUGGGCAGACCUUGGCUGGGGCCAGCAUGCACCUGCCGGACUCAGAGCUGCUACUACACAAGAGGGAAGAAGGGGAAGUGACAGAUGAUAAUGCCAUUUCUAAUCUGCUUUGGGAACCUGUGUAUGCUACCGCUUACUCUCCUGCCCCACCUGCUGCCCAUAAACACCUGUCUUUUGUAUCUGUUAACCAGCGGGUGACUGACAGCCGGGAGACCCAGAUGACCAUUGAAGAGAGGAAGCAACUCAUUACCGUGAGAGAGGAAGCCUGGAAGACAAGAGGCAGAGGGGCUGCCAAUGACUCCACCCAGUUCACUGUGGCUGGCAGGAUGGUGAAGAGAGGUCUGGCCUCCCCUACCGCCAUCACACCAGUGGCAUCCCCAGUUGGCACCAAGGCAAGGGGCACCACGCCAGUCUCCAAGCCAUUGGAAGAUAUCGAAGCCAGGCCGGAUAUGCAGCUGGAGUCCGACCUGAAGCUGGACAGGCUGGAGACUUUCCUCAGGAAGCUCAACAGCAAAGGAAUGCAAGAGACUGUACUCAGUGUCACGGGGCAAUCUGUCAAGGAGGUGAUGAAGCUGGACGAUGACGAAACCUUCGCCAAGUUCUACCGAAGCGUGGACCACAAUGUGCCCAGAAGUCCCGUGGAGCUGGAGGAGGACUUCGAUGUUCUUUGCGAUCCCUGUACACCCAAGCUAACAUUCUCUGUGGCCGAGCACAAGCGCUCGGUCCGGCCCAAGCGCCGGGUACAAGCUUCCAGAAACCCCCUGAAGAUGCUGGCCGCCCGGGAAGACCUCCUGCAGGAGUACACGGAGCAGAGACUCAACGUUGCCUUCAUGGAAUCCAAGCGGAUGAAAGUGGAGAAGCUGUCUUCCAACUCCAACUUCUCAGAAGUGACCCUGGCUGGCUUAGCCAGUAAAGAAAGCUUCAGCAACAUCAGCCUGCGGAGCGUCAACCUGACCGAGCAGAAUUCCAACAACAGUGCUGUGCCCUACAAGAAGCUGAUGUUGCUGCAGAUCAAAGGAAGAAGACACGUGCAGACAAGGCUGGUGGAACCACGGGCACUAUCACUCAACAGCGGGGACUGCUUCCUGCUGCUGUCCCCUCAGCACUGCUUCCUGUGGGUCGGGGAGUUCGCAAACGUCAUAGAGAAAGCCAAGGCCUCAGAACUUGCGACUUUAAUUCAGACAAAGAGAGAGCUUGGUUGUCGAGCAUCCUACCUGCAGACCAUUGAAGAAGGCAUUAACACACACACGCAUGCAGCCAAAGACUUCUGGAAACUGCUGGGCGGCCAAACCAGUUACCAGUCUGCCGGGGAUCCCAAAGAGGAUGAACUGUACGAAACAGCCAUCAUAGAGACCAACUGCAUCUAUCGGCUGGUGGAUGACAAGCUCGUGCCGGAUGACGACUACUGGGGGAAAAUCCCCAAGUGCUCUCUUCUGCAAUCGAAAGAGGUAUUGGUGUUUGAUUUUGGUAGCGAAGUAUAUGUAUGGCACGGGAAGGAAGUCACGUUGGCGCAACGGAAGGUCGCGUUCCAACUGGCCAAGCACCUGUGGAACGGAACCUUUGACUAUGAGAAUUGUGACAUCAACCCGCUGGACCCCGGAGAGUGCAAUCCGCUUAUCCCCAGGAAAGGUCAAGGUCGGCCGGACUGGGCCAUAUUUGGGCGACUCACAGAACAUAAUGAGACGAUUCUGUUCAAAGAGAAAUUCCUUGACUGGACAGAACUGAAGAGGCCCAACGACAAGAAUGGGGGGGACCUCGCCCAGCAGAAGGAAGACCCCAGAGCCGAGGUCAAGGCUUGCGACGUGUCGCGAAUGGUUGCCGUGCCCCAGGUGACGACCGCCACCAUUCUGGACGGGGUGAACGUGGGCCGCGGCUAUGGCCUGGUGGAAGGCGAUGACCGGAGGCAGUUUGAGAUCACCAGUGUCUCUGUGGACGUGUGGCACAUCCUGGAGUUCGACUACAGCAGGCUCCCCAAGCAGAGCAUUGGGCAGUUCCACGAGGGAGACGCCUAUGUGGUCAAGUGGAAGUACAUGGUGAGCACCUCAGUGAGCAGCCGGCAGCGGGGUGAGCCCUCGGCGAGAGUGGCCGGCAGAGAGAAGUGUGUCUACUUUUUCUGGCAAGGUCGCCACUCUACAGUGAGCGAGAAGGGAACUUCGGCCCUGAUGACCGUGGAGUUGGACGAAGAGAGGGGAGCCCAGGUGCAAGUUCUACAAGGGAAGGAGCCCCCCUGUUUCCUGCAGUGCUUCCAGGGGGGCAUGGUGGUACACUCGGGGAGACGGGAGGAGGAAGAAGAGAAUACACAGAGUGAGUGGAGGCUGUACUGUGUGCGAGGAGAAGUGCCUGUGGAGGGCAGCCUGCUAGAAGUGGCCUGCCAUGGCAGCAGCCUGCGGUCACGCACGUCCAUGGUGGUCCUGAACGUGAACAAGGCCCUCAUCUACCUGUGGCACGGAUGCAAGGCUCAGGCCCACACCAAGGAGGUCGGCAGGACCGCGGCCAAUAAGAUCAAAGAGCAGUGUCCUCUGGAAGCAGGCCUGCACAGCAGCAGCAAGGUGACCAUUCAUGAAUGUGACGAGGGCUCUGAGCCGCUGGGCUUCUGGGACGCUCUGGGCAGGAAGGACAGGAAGGCCUAUGACUGCAUGCUGCAAGAUCCUGGCAGUUUUAACUUCGCCCCUCGCCUCUUCAUCCUCAGCAGCUCUUCGGGGGACUUCUCGGCCACAGAGUUUGUGUAUCCUGCCCGGGCUCCCGCCGUGGUCAGUUCUAUGCCCUUCCUACAGGAGGAUCUGUACAGUGCACCCCAGCCAGCUCUCUUCCUGGUUGACAACCACCACGAGGUGUACCUGUGGCAGGGUUGGUGGCCCAUUGAGAACAAGAUCACAGGAUCGGCACGCAUCCGCUGGGCCUCGGACCGCAAGAACGCCAUGGAGACAGUUCUGCAGUACUGCCGAGGGAAAAAUGCCAAGAAGCCGCCCCCCAAGUCCUACCUGAUCCACGCCGGGCUGGAGCCCCUGACCUUCACCAACAUGUUCCCCAGCUGGGAGCAUAGGGAGGACAUUGCCAGCAUCACGGAGAUGGACACGGAAGUUUCCAACCAGAUCACCCUGGUGGAGGAUGUGCUGGCCAAGCUCUGCAAGACCGUGUAUCCCCUGGCUGACCUCCUGGCCCGCCCACUCCCAGAAGGCGUUGACCCGCUGAAGCUGGAGCUCUAUCUCACAGAUGAAGACUUCGAGUUUGCACUAGACAUCACCAGGGAGGAGUUCAACGCCCUGCCCUCCUGGAAGCAGGUGAACCUGAAGAAAAGCAAAGGCCUGUUCUAGCUGCCUGGAGAUGCCGGAGGCCACCUGCGACGCACCAGGAAACAAUGAGCAUAUGUGUACUUUUUUUUUCGCGGAUUGGUGUUUUUAAACAAGUCUUUUUAAGCCAGAAUUUUCCUAAUGUGACCGUAUGAUUGACACAGCUUGUCUUUGGUGAGUGCGGAAGAGAACUUUCCACGAGCCUGCAGGUGUUAAGUGUCGGCUCCUGCCAGGUGCACUUGGGCCGGCCGUUCUGGUUGGCCACUGACAGACCUGAGCUCCCCCUGACUUGGGUUGGGCAGUGCCUGUGUAUUUUUUUUAAAAAAGCAGUUCUCUUUAUAAAGUGUUAUUUUGAUAGCUUGUGAAUUUAAAAUUAUAUAUAUAUAUAUUUAUA